AUGCAACCAAUCCAUUUCCUUUUCGCAUUUAUGAUUGCUACUGUGAUGGCAUCUCCAAUCAACGAAGGGCAAUCCAAAGCGUUGGCCGAGCGUCAGCAGUCGGAUAAGGAUGACCGCACAGAGCUGAUGGGAAUGGCAACCGAUAGAAUAAAUGGCAACCGACAGAAUACCUCCCUGGUCGGAUAG